AUGGAUCAGUUCGACUUGCCCGAAGUCCGCGCCGGCCCAGGCGACGCUCGACCAACUGGCCUACAGAUUCUGCAAGAUGAGAACCGAUUCGACGGGUCUCUCAAUGACAAAGUCGUGGUCGUCACGGGCUGCUCCGCAGGCCUUGGCAUCCCAACGGUCGAAGCUCUUGUGGCAGCUGGUGCAACUGUCUACGGCGGGGCCAGAGCAGCCAGCAUGCACCGUGCUAAGGAGGCACUGGCUUCCAUCCUGAACGACCCUGAGACGCGAGACAGACUUCAUCUGCUAGACGUCGACCUCACGAGUCUUGCAAGCGUUAAAACGUUCGCAGAGGAGAUCAAGAGGCGGGAGCAAAAGGUCAACAUCCUGAUCAACAACGCUGGGGUGAUGGCCGUCCCCACUCGCGAGGUCACCCAGGACGGAUUCGAGUUGCAGCUCGGCACGAACCAUCUUGCCCACUUCUACCUCUUUCAGUGCCUCAAGAGUCUCCUGUUGGCUGGUGCCGAGGGCUCUCCUGACUUCGCCAGCCGGGUCGUGAAUGUCAGCAGCUCAGGCCACAGGGCCAGCACUGUCCGGUUCGACGACAUCAACCUCGAAGGCGAUGGGAGUUAUAACCCCUACGUCGCCUAUGGCAACUCCAAGACGGCUAACAUCUGGAUGGCUAACCAUAUCGAGCGGCUUUAUGCCGGCAAGGGUGUACACGGCUACAGCCUCAUGCCCGGUGGGAUUUUUACGGGCUUGCAAAAGCACGUGCAGGAGCAGAUGGAGGCGGCGAAGCAGGACAGGGCCUCCAUGAACUUCACCAAAUCUCCUGACCAGGGAUGCGCCACGACCAUCUGGGCAGCCACGGCCAGGGAGCUCGAGGGGAAGGGUGGUGUGUAUUGUGAGGACUGCGCGGUCGCCGGCCCAGUGCCAGUGGACCCUCCCAACCCAGCUCUGGCUCUUGGAUACGCGGGGUGGGCAUUUGACCAGGAGGGCGAGGAGAGACUGUGGAAGGUCAGCCUGGAAAUGGUCGGCCUGAAAGAGGACGAGUAG